AUGAACGACGAGCACAUGUCCAUCAUACCCCAUAUCAACGCGAACCCAGAGAGUUUCAGAACUUUCACAGUGAAUUUCUUCUCAGAAACCAUUAGCACCACAGUAACCGCCACUCCCUCGGUUGUUCGCAAAUGGAUCUUCAGAGCCCUCAGUCUCCACCGUUUCCGCCGCGACACACUAGUCGUCGGCCUUGGGGUCCAAUGGACCCCUACCUUUUCCAGAGACCGUGCUCCAGCAGCCACUCUCCAGCUUUGCGUUGGACGUCAAUGCCUCAUCUUCCAGCUCCAGCAUGCAACUCGCGUGCCCCAAGCUCUCCGCCGCUUCCUGUCUGAUCCCCGUACUACUUUCGUCGGCGUUUGGAACUACCAUGAUGAGGACAUGCUGAUGAGGUCGAAUCAUAUGCUUACCGUUAUGAGGAUCGUUGAUGCUCGUGAUGUUGCUGCUGACAGAUGCGGGUUGAGUAAGCAGUUGUCUAUGGAGACGUUGGCUGGGGUACUUUUGGGUGCUCGUGGGGUUAGGAAGCCUAGAGAAGUUGGGCUAGUGAUUGGGGUGCUUAUUGGCUUUCUCCAGAGCAGGUCCAGUAUGCUUGUGUUGAUGCUUUUGUCAGCUCUGAAUUGGGAAAGGCAUUGA